AAAUUAAUUUUAUUGCAUUCAGAUGGCUGCCUGGCCGUGCGGUUUGCGCACUGUACUGUCGUUCAGAUUUAUUGAUGGUCCCGGGUUCAAGCCCUGCCCGCUCCCAUCCCCUGUCGUCCUGCGGGAGGUUUGGACUAGGAAGUAAUUAUCUUCAACUCUGAAGGAACAUCCGAAACAUAUAUUUUUAUGGAAAAAUCUGCCAAUCGAGUUCCACAGAAAGGAGCAAAGAUCCAUGAAUUAUUUUUGUCAUUAAUAUUUAUUGAAAACCCACAAAAUGGUGAAGCCAGAAAAAGUGAAGCAGUGAGGGAUCAUUUUUUGUAUAUUUAGCCUCCUCCAGUUGUGAAAUGACAAGAGCCAAUACAGUUUAGGAUCAGUCGCAUCGCAGGCUCUGUCAGGGUUUAACACUGUGCUUCAAGCUGGUUAAGGCUCACCAGUUCCUGAUUUUUCAUCAGCCUUUCCCAUGUUUGGGUAUCUAUAGCUGCAAAGCUGGAAUUUUUCUUCUCCUUCUCACAAGGCUAAUGAGCCCCUCCUGCCUGAAGCUUAUAUAUUGGUUUAUGCACCAGUUAUUCACUUUUCCCCCUUCUUUUAUCAGUGAUAACAGUUCAGCCAGACUCAAUAUCUGAGCCUCAUGUGAAGUCCAGCAGUAAGACUGGUUAUCAGAGGAUUUUUAUGGCUUUGGAAGUAUUUUAUAGCAUGCCAUGUCUCCAAGUGAUGUUUUUGUUUACAGCGGUCUUGGGUCCAAUGAAAAUGGAUGCUUUCAUCUUCUAAAUUCACUCAAAACACAUUUAGAUCCUGACAUAUAUAAAGUUGAUCUUAUUUCUGCUGAAGAUAUAAUUGAAGGCUCAAAGUUGACCAGUGCAGCAUUGCUGACAUUUGGCAGUGGAUACACCACUGGAUUUGUCAAUGUACUGGGGGCUAAAGGAAUGCAAAAUUUGAGAGACUUUGUUCUAGGUGGUGGCUCUUAUCUUGGACUUGGGGCUGGAGGAUAUUUUGGUUGUGACUACAUUGAAUUUGACAAAAAUGGACCCUUAGAAAAAAUGGCUGAGAGGGAAUUGCGUUUCUAUCCUGGAAUAGGCAGAGGGCCAGUUUAUCCUGGAUUUCAAUAUGGCUCAAACAAAGGAUUGCAUGCAGCAAAUAUUACAUUUAGUACAGGUAAUUUUACUGCAACAUUUUCCAGCAUGAUUGGUGGGGGUGGUGCCUUUUAUCCAAGUGAUCCUCCGAAACUUGGUUCUCUAGUGACCAGUUGGACUAAAAUAGCCAUAUAUACAGAUAUCACUGACCAACCAACAGCUAUUGUCAAAAUGGAAGUUGGUUCAGGUUGUGCUGUACUUUCAGGUGUUCACUUGGAGUAUGAUAUGCUGAGAGAGUGUCAGUCAGAUCCAAGUCUACAUCAUUUACAACCAUCUUUUACAUCCAGCAGACUGACACAGAGAGCUGCAAUGAAAGCAAUACUUCAGCUGCUGGGUUUAAUUGUAAGAUAGUCACAUUAUUGUGAAUGGAAAUUAACUGUAAUAGUCAUCAAGUUUUUUUUAUCUGUGACUCCCAUAAUAAGCACACCUCAACGGGGAUAAAAACAGAGUAUGUAUAUGAAGCUUCAACUCCAUAAAUAAUCCUGGUAUACGAAGACUCCACUUAGAUUUCUAUCUUAUGAAAUAUAGAUGUUACUUCAAAAAAGAAUACGAUUACUUUCUAGGUCAAUCUAGUCAGGCAUGUUAAUCAAUGAAUUAAAUUCUGCCAAGACAUUGGUUUUUCUGGCUGACUCAGGCAACCCAUUCCAUGCUCUAAUAGCGCUAGGAAAGAAGGAGCAUUUGUACGAAUUUGUCCUAGCAUAUGGAACAAAGAAUGUGCAUUUAUCUUUGUCUUUUAGAGUAUUUUAUUAGGUUUUGUAUUACUGCUUCUGUCCUGAAGGGUUUCUAAACUUAGUGAUUUUUCUAAAGGUGUUAGUUACUCUAGUCAAUUGUGAAUAUUUGUUAUGAAUCUCGCUGCUCUAGUUUAUGUCUGUUCUAGUUUCUUAAUGUUUUCUAUCCAAAGUUAAAUGACAUUUUAGUUUUAUGUUCCUGUUUGAUUUGUAUAAAUUUCUUUAAAUAAACCUUUAUGCUUUGUUUAA